UAAAAUCACUUCCUGGUUCUUCUUUACACACAUGGGUUUACUUGUCUGUCUGCCUUUGUUUUGACGCCGCUACGCGUCGUUAUAAGAUACAAGCGAGAUGAAUAGUAAAUAUUUUUACUAUGAAUCUGCAGCAGACUUUUAAAAAGAGACAGUCCAAUGUUUACAGCUUGGCGCUUCCAAAGAAAACUUCCACUUCCUAGGUCGCAGCUUUUUUCUCAGAGCUCCACAAUGAAAGGAGUGCGUAAGACUCUGGAGUUCUCUCAGUCGUCGGGUUUGGUAGAAGCUCCAUCGCCGGAGUCUGUCCACCUUGCAGUGGAAACGUCCCCUCCAGACUAUGUGAAUGAGAUCUCGCGAUAUCUGGCGGCACAGAGCACACAGGAUCAAGUAUCUGAAGCAGAAAGUGACUCAGGAGACAGCCUGUUCAUAACUCAGAAACCUGCGUCUGAGGCUGAGAGUGCAAUAAGUAAGAGGUCCAACAGCCCGAGGUCACUGCCAGCAUCCAUCAGACAGCUCGAGGAAGAAGACUCCUCAUCAUCAUCCUCCUCCUCCUCCGAAGGAAAUUCCAAAACUGCCAAAAGGAAGCGUGGGACGAGGAGAAAGAUAAUCAAGCUGCCACUGUACAGUUUCCCUUUCCUCUCGGAGAACAGGCACAGAGCUCUGUUAUCUGUGCAGCACAACACAGCCCUUCAUUAUAAUGCGAUGGGAGGCUUCUUUAAAUGUGUCAAAGAACUGCAGCGGGGUCGUCAUGGAGGAGAUGGUCUGCCCUCAUGCGUACGGACAGUUGACGAGGAAGGGGGGAGCAUAUCCCCGCUGUCGGAGGACGAGGAAGAAGGGUCAGAGAGUGUGGACUGCAAAGUGGUGGAAAGGAAUCGUUUAGUUUUUGUGCCGUCAAAAACAAAACGCUCACAACCUCAGAAAUCGCUGGAGACGAGAGGUAGCAACGUGAAUCAUCAUGAGAGGAACGCAAGUAAAGGUCAAGAAGCUUCACAAGGAAGACAAAAGACAAUGCAGCACCAAAAACCGGCUAAAGCGUCGACAUCAAUGAGUACAGGGCUUUUGUCACAGACAGAGGACUCUGAUGGUGAAGGUCCUUCCCAAAGCAUUCUGGCCCAUAGUGAAACGCCAACAAGAAAGAGAGGUGUAACCAGAGGAAACGAGAAAUAUAUACAAGGGAAAGAAAGUGAGAAGGAGGUGUGUGAUGAUAGCGAUGCUACAUACUGUGAUCCACUUGAGCUACAGGGAAGUCCAAAACUCCAAGAUACAGUGAAGGACAGAGAAGCGUCCCUAAAUGUAACAGAGCCCCCAGCUGAUGAUUUCGUCGCAGAUGAUCUCUCCCAGAUGGAGCAGGCAGAGAACCAACCUGAAAGCAAGAGUCUUCCCCAAAGUCCCCCCGAAGCUGCAAGUGGCACUGGUAAUGAGAGUGUGUCCGAUGAAACCAUGGUGAGGAAGGAGAGAAAAGGAGAUGAUGAAAGUCGGGGACAGAGUCAGGAAGAUCCAGGGGGUCCGCAGGCUGCAACCUCAGUGGAGGUGGAGGCAGGAGAGACUCCCAGCCUCACGGAGGAUAAUCGAGCAGAGCCUCCGGCCACGCAGACCUGUGACGAGCUCGAGAACUUAUCACAUGAUGAUGUCAUAGCGAGAGAGGAGGAGAGACACAUUCCGGUGUCUCAGCCAUCACUGACACAGCACAUGGUGAAUGGUGGCGAGGAGGAGAAGAAGAAAGGGAAAAGCGUGGUUGAGGAUGAAGAGCAGUUAAAGGCAAGCGUCGUUUCGGAGCCACUAAAGGAUGAUGGUGAGAUACUGACAAACAAUAAAAAAGGGAAAGAAGAACAGAUUGUAAAUGCGGAAGAACAUGGAGAAGCGUUGAAGAUGACUUCAGAUCUACCUCUGACGUCAGGGAGACAAUUCGAGGAAACAGGAGAUUGUUUGGAAAAUAUAGAAUCGACUCAGGAAAAAUUAGAGCCCAUUUUGGAAAAGAAAAGACUAAAGCAUGAAAAGAAGCGACCGUCAGCUGAUCAGGAGGACACAGAAGUCGAAGCCAAAGAUGAUGCAGAUUCAAGCUUGUCUAAUGAUGUAACUACCGAAACGAGUACAGUGAAGAAGAAGAAGAAAAAGAAGAAGAGGGAAAGCAUCUCUGAAGGGGUCGAUAUUUCUUGCAUUUCUGAGGUUGAUGAUCAUUUCCAGAAAACGAAGGAGGGCUCAGACGACAGAGCUCCUGAGUCUGUGAUGAAGAAAAAGAAGAAGAAGAGGGAAAGCAUCUCCGAGGACGUAGAUAUAUCUUGCACUUUUAACCAAAAUGAAAAAGUUGAUGAUGCAGAUCAUUCCAACAAAACAAAGGAAGGCUCCGAGGAGACAGAUGCUGAACCUGUGACAAAGAAGAAGAAGAAGAAGAAGAAGAAGAAGAGGGAAAGCCCCUCAGAGGAUGUCGAUGUUUAUUGCACUCCUGACAAAAAAGUAAAGGUUGAUGAUGCAGAUCAUUCCCAGAAAACAAAGGGGGGCUCAGACGACAGAGCUCCCGAGUCUGUGAUGAAGAAAAAGAAGAAGAAGAGGGAAAGCAUCUCCGAGGGCCUAGAUAUUUCUUGCACUUUUAACCAAAAUGAAAAAGUUGAUGCAGAUCAUUCCCACAAAACAAAGGAAGGCUCUGAUGACCGAGAUGCUGAACCUGUGACAAAGAAGAAGAAGAAGACGAAGAAGAGGGAAAGCACCGCAGAGGAUGUCGAUGUUUAUUGCACUCCUAACAAAAAAGAAAAGGUUGAUGAUUCAGAUCAUUCCCAGAAAACAAAGGAAGGCUCUGAUGACAGAGAUGCUGAAUCUGUGACAAAGAAAAAGAAGAAGAAGAAGAGUGAAAUACUUAGCAGAGCUGUCUCAGAGGACGCUGUGGCACAAAGCCAUGAUUCGGUGUCUGUGCGGAAAAAGAAGAGGACCUCUUCCUUCCUCGUUGCUGAUGCAGAGGAAAAAGAGGCUCAGAUGCACGAGGAACAAAGCUCGCCUCGUUCAAACUCUGCAGCCACAAAAAAGCCUGGUGUCAGCGCUGGUGCUCCAGAGACUGAAUCAGCAGAAACGGCUGGAAAUGUGGAGGAAUCGAAUAAUGGGGCCAGGAAGAAGAAAAAGAAGAGAAAGGUGUCAGAGGUGGAGGAGAGUGUUGAGAAAUAUCAUGAGCAGGAUAUUGAAGAGCCGAAUGAAACGUGCGAGAGUUCUUUGCCUGAUCCCACUGAUUCAAGGGUAAAGAGAAAAAAGAAAUCGAAGAGAAAUGAAAGUGAGAUGGUGACCGCCGAGGAAAGAUUAGAAAAUGUGGAUGAAGCGGUGUAUUCUCAAACUGAUGAGGCUGUGGUUUUAAGAAAGAAGAAAAGCAAAAAGCGCAAAUCAGAGCCGGACCAUGUGAUACUAGAGAGUCCGACACCUGCCACUGACAGUGUGGUAUCAGGAGGAGCGCCAGUGAAAACCUGCAGCUCAGUUUCACUCAAGAAGAAGGGCAAACCGUCGGCCUCUCACUUGGCCGGAAAGGAGAGUAGUGGUCACAGCCCUGAAGAGUCUCGUGACGUCUCUGCCAAAACGAGCAAGGAAACGCAGAACAUGCCUCACCGCGUCUCCCCGUCUGCACAGACUCCUGGAGUCCUAAGUGAGGCGGUGAGAGACAAGAAAACUAAGAAAAGCAAACGGGCAAAGACAAAACUUUAUGAUCCAAGUGAGGACUUGUAUACAGAUCAGUAGUUUGACCAGGAGACUUAUUCUCAACACACACAAAACCUCUUUUGUAUCUUUCCCAUGAAGCUGUCAGUGUUUUUAGAUUGAAUGUGGACAAAUAUGUAAAUGAGGCUAUUAAGUGAUGACUUUUUCACAGUGACGUUUUUUUAAUGUAUUUGUUUUCUAUCAAAGCGUUUUUUACGAACACCCCUGGACCUUUUUUGAGUUGAGAUUAACUUUACUCUCCAUAGAAAAACUACUGAGAAAUGUUUAUUCUGGAAAAAAGAAACCUCUUUUAUUUUACUACAUUGAAAUGUUCAAUAUUAGUAGGAUCUCUGCACAAUGCAGGAUUGUAUAUGUUUACAUAUUGAGAAAUAUAUAUUUUUGAAAAGACAAGAUGCCUUUGUUUCCCUACAUUUAAAUAUAUAAUAUGUUGAGAACUUACACACAUUAUAUAGUUAUAUACCUCUACAUAUUGAGAAAUGGAAAUUUUGGGGAAAAUACACAUUGUCUUGUAUUUUAUUUAUGUCAAAAUAUAUUGAUGUCUCCUACACAAUACAGGAUUCUGCACGUACUGAGAAACGAAUUAUUUUGAUACAUCUAAAUAAAACAAUAUGAUGACUCCUGCACAAUACAAGAUUAUGUAUGUGUACACAUUGAGAAAUGUAUAUUUGAGAAGAAAGUAAAGCAUUUUGUUUUCCUACAUUUAAAUAUACAAUAUGAUGAGGACUCCUGCAUAGUACAGGAUUAUGUGCGUGUGCAUAUUAAAAAAUAUAUAUUUUUUGAAAAAGA